AUGGAUUUAUUUUAUUUUGAAACACUUGAAAAGAAAUUUUUGAAAAAGCCGACAUUGGUCAAUAUGUUUUCAACAACAUUGAAACAAGACGAUAACGGAUUGCAAGCUUCGUACAUUUCUCUGCUGAUUGCCAAAUCCGGUAAACCGCAUACUAUUGGCAAAGAACUUAUUUUACCAGCUAUGAACGAGGUAAUAAACACAGUGCUGCAUAAACCAGCUUUUGAGAUUAUUAAAAAAAUUCCGUUGAGCAAUAAUACAAUGCAAAGGAGAAUUGAUGAAAUGGCUUAAUCUGUCAAAGAAUUAUUAUGAGUUUUUAAAAGCCACCAAAUUUUCUAUACAGCUUGAUGAAUCAACUUUACCAGAUAAUAAAGCCUUAUUAUUAGCUAAAAAUUUGAUGACUGACACUAAAAGAGAAUCAAUAUAUCACACAUUGGAAGAGUAUUUUAAAGAAAAAGAAAUUCCUAUGUGUAAUAUCUUAUCAGUUGCGACCGAUGGUGCUCCAGCCAUGGUAGGAUGCCAUCGAGGUUUUAUUGCAUAUUUGAAAAAAACUGUACCAAAUGUACUCACUAUACAUUGUGUCAUUCAUCGACAACAUUUAGUUGCCAAAAAUUUAAGUGAAUGCUUACAUAAGUCAUUACAUUAUGUAAUUUCAGCUAUCAAUAAAAUCAAAAAUAAUUCAUUGAAUGAUAGAUUGUUUGGACUACUUUGUACUGAAAAUGAUGAAGAUUUCAAUCAAUUAUUAUUUCACACAGAAGUUCGUUGGUUGUUGAGGGGUGCCUGUUUAGACAGAUUCUAA